AAGUCCAAGUGCCACGCUGUCACCAAUUAACAGUCUAAAUUGGGAAAACAUUAUACGACGCCGUAUUAAUAAAUUCGCAUUCAACCCAGCAAAGUGUUGAGCCUUCCAAUGAAUACCUGCCACGUGGUAGAUACAGCACCGGACAUGAAAGAUCUAUCGCCACCAUAGCCAAAUGCAUGACCGUUAAUAUUAUCUUCUUCCCCUGUCUCAGCCACUCCACCAAAAAUGGUAAUGGAGGCGUCCACGGAGAAUCCGAAGUUUGUAGCGCCCAGGAUUCUGCAGCCCAGUUUGAUGCUCUCGGUCCAAAAUUCUUUUCCGAGGCCCAUUAGAUCAAGUCUUUGUCCACAAAAUUUCAUCCGUCACCUUCACAGCUCUAUCGCUUCAACUUCUCAAAAAUUGCGUCGGUUUCUACACUUGUUUCUCAACGAAAAUCCAAUUCUUAGAAAAAUCCUGUCUGUCCGUUCCGAUUUGAAUCGCACUUUCUCCCAAAUUCAGUGCAGGCACUACAGGAACCAGAACUGCCUAUCCAAUCAUGGCUUCGCCGCCGUUUUGCCGGGAGAUUCCGUGGCAGGGAUUGUGGUGGCUAAUGGUCUCAUGAGUUUCUUGAACUUAUACAACACAUUAUUGAUUGUAAGGCUGGUGUUGACCUGGUUUCCUAACACUCCUCCCGCCAUUGUUAGUCCCCUCAGCACAUUGUGUGACCCGUACCUGAACAUAUUCCGUGGAAUCAUCCCACCAUUGGGAGGGACAUUGGAUCUCUCUCCCAUACUGGCAUUUCUUGUCCUUAAUGCCUUCACAAGCACUGCUGCUGCACUUCCUGCUGAACUUCCUGAAGCAGGAUCACCUCAGGUUGGGUAUUCCUCUCAUGCAAGGUCCGGUGGUCUCACCACAUCACAGAUGAAGUGGAUGAAAAGGCUCUCUGGGAAUCAGUCAAAGAGCUCAGUAAUGGCAUGUAGGUCAUCGUUCUUUUGAGAGGCUAGCAGGUAUAUCAUUCUGUUUGGUGUUGCAAGAGUGAUGGGCCAUGAUUUUCUGCUUAUUUCAUUUAUUUCUGUAAAAUAAUUUUGAAAACAGUGAUAUUGAGAGUUAUAUAUGUUGAAAAUCAACAAGUUUGCUGA